CAGACAACAGCAACUUAUUAACUCGAUCUUCUUACCCAUCAACACUUCUCCGGAAGCACACGUUAGGGCGGAACCAUGGCCACCACCACAGCCGCUGCUACAUCAUCGUUCCUCGGAACUCGGCUUCAAGAUGUUCACUCUAACUCAGGGAAGUUCCAAGCCCGGUUCGGUUUCGGCAAGAAGGCCCCCAAAAAGACCGCGUCAAAACCGUCCUCGAACCGGCCUCUGUGGUUCCCAGGUGCGAAGGCGCCGGAAUAUCUUGACGGGAGUUUGGUGGGCGACUAUGGGUUCGACCCCUUCGGUUUGGGCAAGCCGGCCGAGUACUUGCAGUUCGAUUACGACUCGUUGGACCAGAACCUGGCGAAGAAUUUGGCCGGUGACGUGAUCGGUACCCGUGCCGAGAGCAUAGACGUGAAGUCCACUCCAUUGCAGCCUUACGAUGAGGUAUUUGGGUUGCAGAGGUUCAGAGAGUGUGAACUCAUUCAUGGAAGGUGGGCUAUGUUGGCUACACUCGGGGCACUCGCCGUUGAGUCACUCACCGGUGUCACCUGGCAAGACGCAGGAAAGGUAGAGUUGAUAGAGGGAUCGUCAUACUUGGGCCAACCUCUACCAUUCUCGAUGACCACAUUGAUAGUGAUUGAGGUUCUUGUGAUUGGAUACAUUGAGUUUCAAAGAAAUGCAGAGCUUGACCCGGAGAAGAGGUUGUACCCUGGAGGCAGUUUCUUUGACCCUCUAGGUUUGGCCUCUGAUCCAGAGAAGAAAGCUACUCUUCAGUUGGCUGAGAUCAAGCAUGCUCGUCUCGCCAUGGUUGCCUUCCUUGGCUUCGCCGUCCAAGCAGCUGCCACUGGAAAAGGUCCACUCAACAACUGGGCCACCCAUUUGAGCGACCCACUUCACACAACCAUCUUUGACACCUUCGCUUCUUAAAUUUCUGAAUCUUGAUCUUACUCUCUUGUAGUACUCUCCUUUCUUGCCCAGCGACAUUUUACCCUAGUCAAGUUAUUUAUGUUCCCAUCUUGUAAAAAAUAUAUUAUAUAUCAUAUUUGACAUUAAGCUCAGGUAAUAUC